CAGUCCAGUGCCAGUGAGCCGUCUGCAGAACUCUGGACAUGCAGAUCAGGCUAUGAUUCCAACGGUGGGGAGCGUGGCAUCGGGGGUAGCAACGCUGCUGGAAGAAGAUGGAGGGUCUCCAGCCCACCACCUGCUCUCUAACUGCUGCGUCCCCGGACUGGGAUCCACAGACCAGGCGCGCCACAGUCACUGCUCAGCAGUAGCAGCCAGGGACCCCCUCAAUGAUCAAGCAGACGGCAGCUCUACUACCAACGGAGAAGAAAAAGCUGCUUGGGAAAAAAUAUACACACGCGCACGCACAGGCACACACACGCAGGACCUGCUUGCGCUCACUGGUGGCUGGGUUGCCACCGACAAAGCAUGUGAAGAGAUCCACGUUGGAGCCCUGUGAGACCGCUCAGACCCCACCGGCGCCACCAUGAACCCCAUGGCGCAGCUGUACUACAAGAAGGCGAGCUACUCGCCGUACCGCGACCGCAUCCCGCUGCAGAUCGUGCGCGCCGAGGCCGAGCUGUCGCCGGGCGAGCGCGCCUACCUGACGGCGGUGGAGAAGGGCGACUACGCCGGCGUCAAGCACGCGCUGGAGGAGGCCGAGAUCUACUACAACAUCAACGUCAACUGCCUGGACCCGCUGGGGCGCAGCGCGCUGCUCAUCGCCAUCGAGAACGAGAACCUGGAGGUGAUGGAGCUGCUGCUGAGCCACGGCGUGCACGUGGGCGACGCGCUCCUCUACGCCAUACGCAAGGAGGUGGUGGGCGCCGUCGAGCUGCUGCUCUCCUACCGCCGGCCCAGCGGAGACAAACAGGUGCCCUCCAUGUUGAUGGACACGCAGUUCUCCGAGUUCACGCCGGACAUCACGCCCAUCAUGCUGGCGGCGCACACCAACAACUACGAGAUCAUCAAGCUGCUGGUGCAGCGCAAGGUGACGGUGCCGCGUCCGCACCAGAUCCGCUGCGACUGCGUGGAGUGCGUGUCCAGCUCGGAGGUGGACAGCCUGCGCCACUCGCGCUCGCGCCUCAACAUCUACAAGACGCUGGCGUCGCCGUCGCUCAUCGCCCUCUCCAGCGAAGACCCCAUCCUCACCGCCUUCCGCCUGGGCUGGGAGCUCAAGGAGCUCAGCAAGGUGGAGAACGAGUUCCGGCAGGAGUACGAGGAGCUCUCGCACCAGUGCAAGCUCUUCGCCAAGGACCUGCUGGACCAGGCGCGCAGCUCGCGCGAGCUGGAGAUCAUCCUCAACCACCGCGACGACCUCAGCGAGGAGCUGGACCCGCGCGAGUGCCGGGACCUGGCCAAGCUCAAGCUGGCCAUCAAGUACCACCAGAAGGAGUUUGUGGCUCAGCCCAACUGCCAGCAGCUGCUGGCCACCCUGUGGUACGACAGCUUCCCGGGCUGGCGCCGGCGCCACUGGAUGGUCAAGCUGGUCACCUGCUUCGUCAUCGGGCUCCUCUUCCCCGUCUUCUCCCUGGUCUACCUGCUGGCGCCCAAGAGCGCGCUGGGCCUCUUCAUCAAGAAGCCCUUCAUCAAGUUCAUCUGCCACACCGCCUCCUACCUCACCUUCCUCUUCCUCCUGCUGCUCGCCUCGCAGCACAUCGUCCGCACCGACCUGCACGUGCAGGGCCCGCCGCCCACCGUGGUGGAGUGGAUGAUCCUGCCCUGGGUGCUGGGCUUCAUCUGGGCCGAGAUUAAAGAGAUGUGGGAUGGUGGCUUCACAGAGUAUGUUCACGAUUGGUGGAACCUGAUGGAUUUUGCUAUGAAUUCACUCUACUUGGCCACCAUAUCUCUGAAAAUGGUCGCUUACUUCAAGUACAACAGCUCUCGCCCACGUGAGGAGUGGGAGAUGUGGCACCCGACGCUCAUCGCCGAGGCCCUGUUCGCCAUCGCCAACAUCUUCAGCUCGCUGCGCCUCAUCUCGCUCUUCACGGCCAACUCGCACCUGGGCCCGCUGCAGAUCUCGCUGGGCCGCAUGCUGCUGGACAUCCUCAAGUUCCUCUUCAUCUACUGCCUGGUGCUGCUGGCCUUCGCCAACGGCCUCAACCAGCUCUACUUCUACUACGAGACGCAGGCGUCCGACGAGCCCAACAACUGCAAGGGCAUCCGCUGUGAGAAGCAGAACAACGCCUUCUCCACGUUGUUUGAAACUCUACAGUCACUUUUCUGGUCAGUGUUUGGGCUCCUCAACCUGUACGUCACCAACGUCAAAGCACGACACGAGUUCACGGAAUUUGUGGGGGCGACCAUGUUUGGCACUUACAAUGUCAUCUCCCUGGUGGUGUUACUCAACAUGCUCAUUGCCAUGAUGAACAACUCGUACCAGCUCAUAGCGGACCACGCCGACAUCGAGUGGAAGUUCGCUCGAACGAAGCUGUGGAUGAGCUACUUUGACGAGGGCGCCACGCUGCCCCCGCCCUUUAACAUCGUCCCCAGCCCCAAGUCGGUGUGGUACCUGUGCGUGUGGGUGCACAGCCGGCUGUGCGCCAAGGGACAGCCCAACCCCGAGGAGCAGAAGAAGCACGAGAACUUCAAGGAGCUAACGGAGCGUCAUGCUGACAACCUCAUUCAGAAUCAGCAUUAUCAGGAAGUAAUUAGGAACCUGGUGAAGAGGUAUGUUGCUGCAAUGAUCCGCAGUGCAAAGACUGAUGAAGGCCUGACAGAGGAAAACUUCAAAGAGCUGAAGCAGGACAUCUCCAGCUUUCGCUACGAGGUGCUGGACCUGCUGGGCAACCGCAAGCCGCCCCGCCGCACCUACUCGUCCAGCAGCGACGCCACGCAGCAGGACGAGGACCCCGCCGACGACCUCAAAGCCAAAAGCCCCAAGGGCGUGUCCUUCAGCCUCUCCUCGUCGUCCGACAAGCGCUCGCGGGACUCCGAGUACGGCGUGUCGGCGCUCUUCCACUCCAUGUCGGGCGCGGCGGACGACUCGCCCGCGGAGGGUCCGGCGCCGGAGGAGGAGGACGACGACGACGAGGCCGGCGAUGCCGACGGCGACGGCGGCGCGCCGGCCAACGACAAGAAACCAAAGAGCAACGGCCUGCGCAAGUUCACGUGCUCGUCGGCGUUCAUCCGCAACGGCGGGCGCCUGCAGCGCUUCUCGCGCUCCAAGAAGGACUCGCUGCGGCGGCUGGGCCUGCUCUUCUCCCGCAUGAACGGCCACCUGCCCGAGCCCGCCGGCGCCUCGCGCUCCGCCUACAGCAUCUCGGACGGCGUGGACCUCCGCAUGGCCGCCGCCGAGCCCCCGCCGCAGGUCACCCGCAGCGAGAUGCACCUCCACCGGCUGGGGGGGCUCGGGCUGGACGAGAUGGUGGCGGGGGCGUCCCACCACCACCACCACCACCACCAGCAGCAGCAGCACCACCAGCAGCGGCAUCAGCACCACCACCACCGGCAGCAGCUGGAGCAGCAGCAGCGGCAGUCCAACGGGCGGGACGGCGUCCUGCUCCUGCGGCCGCCCUCGACGGGGCAGCCCCCGGCCCUGGGGCCCCUGCACUGUGCUUCCAGCAUCACGGCGUCCAGCUCGCGCCUGCUCAGCUCCAGCGAGGACAUGAUGUGCGAGGGCUGGGUGGGGCCCUGCGACAGCCUGGGGUCCAUCAGCUGGACAGGAGAUCAGGAGGAGUCGGUCACCACUCAGCUCUGAGGCCUUGCUUUUGGCAGAGUGACUUCUGACCAUUUUUUUUUACUGCAUAAAAAAAAGCAUGGGCAUGCACUCUUAAGUCCAGGAUGAAAACAGAGAAACUCUUGGCUUGGCUAGCCACGGCGACACAACAGGGACAUCACUAUACUCCUAUAAGAGGUGUUCAGUAGCCCGGUAAAAAAACAAACUGGUUGUGAAUGGGAGAAACUGAGAGAAACACAUUUACUCUACCUGCAAGAUAUUACUGGCAAAUAAUUAGACUUAACAUACUGUAUUUAUUGGAAAAAAGCAAGCUUAGUUUAUGGCAAUAUUGGGGCAUAUUCUGCCCUCAUUGCAUUUUUUUUAAUUAUUAUUUUUGUUUAUAUUUGUAUCACUUCAGUGCAAAUUCUGUCAUGUCCAGCUUCAGCUGAUUGAGAUGUCGAGUGUCAGAGAGUGAAUGAGUCUGGACGUGCAUUCUCCCUCUGACUGUGCCAAAGCUUCACAUGUAAUGUCUAAUCCAGCAUGGCACAAUUCAUAAAGCUAUCACAUCCAUGCGUUUGUGCAAUGUCUGCUUUUCUUUUCAUUUGAACUGAUAAGCUUGUGGCUAACUAUGGCAACAGUGUUGACUAGGUGAGGAUUGAAGUACAGCUUAGACAGCUAGAAUAUUCCGUUUUUGGAUGCUGUGGGUAAAAAUGACCACUGAGGCUGUGUGAAGAAAGCUGCCUCAGGGAAGAUUAGAUCGAGAUGUUUUUAGUUGUACUGUCAUCAGACAAUGCAGGUGAUUAUAAUAAUAUCCUCAUAAGCAUUCAUUAUAUCUUGUCUUGCAUUGUGUUAGAAAGACCUGAAUGAAAACAACAAAAUUUCUACCCUUAAAAUAGCAUCUAAACUCUUCCCUAUACAAACUAUCAUUGAAUUAACAUGUUUACCAUUAUAAAUAAUUAGGGUUUACUAAUUUAUUUUAGAAAGUGAAGAAAUUAUCAUUAUGUUUUAUAAUAAAAUUUUAUUUUUCUAUAUUUUUUCCUGGGAUGAUGACCAUGAUUUUUGUUAUACACCAAGAAGCAUGGUAUUCCUCAGUAUAUGAAUGAGUUGGGAAUUUUAUACCUUGUUUUGGCUUGAGACUGAAAUUUAAAUUUCUAUGGCAUCCAUUUUGUUUCAGAUCAAUGUGACAUUUGUCUCUUGAAUUAAAUAAUAAAUCAGUAUCAUAUUGUAGAGAAUCUGAUAGUAUCUACUUUAUCAAGAGUCCUUCCCUUCUGGUGUACAUUUCCCAGAGACCAAAAAAUGAAACCAUUCAUGUUUUUAUUUUAUUUUUUAGAUGAAGGCAUACAUAUUUAAAACCAC